AUGAGUGAUAAAGAUAAAGGUGAUACUUUAAAAAUGCGUGUUUCGUCUGAAAUUCAGGGUGGUAGUAGAUCUCCAUCCAAAAAAAGUAACGGUAAUUUUGAAUUUAAAACUGCUAGUAUUUCGAACCUUAACAAACAAAGAGGUAUUUUAAAGGCUAGAUUAACAUCAUUUGAAAAAUAUAUAUCCAAAUUCGAUAAUAUUACUUUAGAUAAAACUCUUAAAAUAGAAUUAAACUUAAGGAUAUCCACAUUAGAAUCGGUAUAUAAAGAUUUUGAUGACAUUCAAAGUAAAAUCGAACAAUUAACAGAUGAUGAUGAUCUUUCUAAUCAAAUAACAUAUCGUGAGAAUUUUGAUGAACAGUAUUAUGGAUGCAUUGCGGUAGCUAAGUCUUUGGUUGUUGAUGAUAGUCACAGUUGUGAUUCUCAUUUACAUCGUAACCGAGAAGGCUCCCAAAUAAAAUUACCCGACCUAAAAUUAGUAUCCUUUGAAGGAUUUUAUGAUCAGUGGCUAGAAUUCAAAAAUUCCUACUGUACUAUGAUUCAUAAACGUACUGAUUUGGAUCCUAUACAAAAAUUCCAUUACUUGCGGUCGUCACUCAGCGGUAGUGCAUUGCAGGUGAUCAGUGCAUUAGAAUUCACAGCUGAAAAUUACACACAUGCGUGGGAAUUGCUUCUUAAUCGAUUUCAAAAUGAUCGACUUUUAGUACACAACCAUGUUAAGUCUUUAUUUUGUAUGCCAUCUAUUAAUAAAGAGUCGCCUUCGCAAAUCAGAAAAUUAAUAGAUUGCAUAUUACGUAAUUUACGCGCUUUAAAGACGUUAGAUGAGCCGACCGAAUCAUGGGAUACACUUAUAAUGUACUUAAUAGUAUCAAAACUCGAUCCUUGUACCGAACGCGAGUGGGAGAAUUACAAAGGUUCUCUUAUUUCUAAUAUACGUAAUGAUGACUGCAAUAAACAAUUUAAACGAUUUGGAACUAAGGAAAUUUUGGGAAAUAGAGGAGAUUCCUCACGUAGGGAAUAUUCUAACUUUUGA